AUGAGUUCCAUGUUCAAGAAAAAAGCCGGCAUGGCUUUCAAGCCAAAAAUGCCAACGGCCCGUCCUCGAGCACCUGGAGCAGCCGCACCGCAGCCAGCAAGGGCACCAUCCACGACUGCCGCCGCGAUUGCAACCCCAGCAGAGAGUUCAAACGAAUCUGCCGAUACUACAGCGUCAUCUACCGCCGAGAAACGAGCCGAUACGAGAGAUACGCCCGGAAACGGGUCUACAAGUACCCCGCCAUCGACCGAGCCGAGAACGGCGCAGGCUGCCACGCCUCAGACACAAUCCACGACGAAUGAGCCCUCUGCGAAGCCUGCUCCAGCACUGGAGGCGGCUGGCAAGAGCAAGGUAACAGAGACGCCGGCUACCUCAACUCACAGUCGUCCACAACCGCCAUCCGCAACACCCGCUCCUACUAGAGACCGGGCCAGUGUCGUCAACGAAGCGUCGACGCCAGCGCAGCUCCAGACCCCGCCUGCUCCUGUUCCCUCUGCAAUCGACGUAGUGCCCUCAACAGAAAGUGCUGGCCUGCCAGCGGCUUCAACGGACGACACAGCGAAGACUGCCACGAAGAAGGCACCACCCAAGCGACCUCGAAAACGAGCAACCCAGACGAGCGAGGCUACUGAAGAGGGCGAAGAUGGCGCUCCAGUUCCCAAGCCCAAGAGGCAACGAAAACAGCCUACAGACGGAGAAGCCGCGCCGAAACGGCCGCCUCGGCCGAGAAAGAAAAAGGCUACAGAAGAAGGGGAGACAGACGCUGCUGCUGCCACCAACAAGCCGGUACGACCUCGACAAGCACGCUCGGUAACCCCCGAAGAUGCGGAGGAACAAGAGGCCGACCUCACCACACUCACAAUGGGCGAUUUGACACGAGACCUGCGCAUCGGCAAGAAGUUUAGCCGACACGACGAGCUGCUCCAGCGUCAUCGCGACAAGCAAGCAAAGUCCAGGGAAAGACUCAAGGCGAAGAGGAACGGCUCGGAGGACGUCGCCUCGGAGAGCGGGACCCCGGCACCGACGAGCGGCCAGGCCACGCCGGCAGCCCCCCCGCCGCCGAAACCGGCCAGUAUGGCCUCGACGGGGCCGCAAUUCCAAAUCAUUGACGGCCAGAUUGUGGUGGACCAAACCUCCCUCAGCCUCGACCGCCACGCCAUUGCCGCCGCCGCCGCCGAGGGCGAAGACAUGCUCGAGAUUGAAGAAAACGACUUCACGACGCUGACGACGCAGAACAGCUACCGCACGGGUUCGAAGCUCAAGGGCCCCAACGUCUGGAACGAAGAGGAGACGGAGCUCUUUUACCGGGGGCUGCGCAUGUUUGGGACCGACUUCCAGAUGAUCAGCGGCAUGUUUCCCGGCAAGAACCGGCGACACGUCAAGAUGAAGUUCAAUCGCGAGGAGCGCCAUGCCCCCGCGCGCAUCGACGCCAUCCUCGUCGGGAAGAAGGAGCUGCAGAUCGACCUGGAGGAGUACAAGACGUGGACCAAGGCCGAGUACGAGCCCGUCGAGGCCAUCAUGGCGGCGCAACGCGCGCAGCAGGCCGAGUUUGACGCCGAGCAGGCCAAGAUCAAGGCGGCCAAGGACGCCAUCAAUGCCAGGAACCUCGCUUCGCUGCAGGACAAGCGGGAGGGUGGAGCAGACGCUGGAGUCGAGUCUUCUACGACCGGCGGCGGCGGUAGCGGCGGCGCCAAGCCCAAGAGGCAGCAAGCCAGCGUCGGUCCUCAAAUCACGGUUGACGCCGACGGUAUGAUCACUAUUGACGAGACGAACAUGGAUCCCGACGCGGGACGGAAGAAGAGGGGCGCGGGCAAGACGAAGAAGAAGGCCGUAGAGUACAACAUGCGGGGUGAGAUUAUCCACUGA